AUGAAGUGGUCUCUGUGGGUCUCUCUCCUGCCGGCUGGUUUUUGUACCAUUGGAACCAUCUUGAACUACUUUGUGAUGAGAAUAUAUUUAAAGGACUGGUGCAGGAAGAAGGGUCUGAAGGUGUGUGAUCAGAUCCUACUCAGUAUGGCAUUCACCAGCACCAGCCUGCAGUGGGUUGUCACACUGAGUCCCAUAGUAUUCUAUAUGGAGAGUCAUAUGGUAGUGCCCAGAGAGGUCUUCUUCUGUCUCUUUGUUAUAGAUUUUUUCCUGAUUGAGGCUACAUUUUGGCAGUUGGCCAUUCUCUCAACCUAUUACUGUGUCAAACUGUUUGACUUUACCUUUUCAUUCUUCAGAUGGGUGAAACGGCUUAUCUCUGGGUAUACUACUCAGCUCCUGCUGAUUUCUGCCGCCAUUUGUCUUGCUAUAAAUGUCCCUUUUGUUUGGGCGCUCCAAUUAGAAAAUCCUGAGAAUGUGACAGAAGACACGAGGGGGGCAGAUUUCAUUUCUACUAUUAAUAUUUAUUAUAGUGUGUUUAAAAUAACUUGCUGCUGUUUUCCUUUUGCUAUAACAUUCACUUGCAUUGUGCUCAGCGUGGGAUCCCUCAUGAGACACGUCUGGAGGAUCAGGAGCAACGCUCUUCAGUUCAGCUCGUCCCCUCAGCUUGGUGGCCACAUUCAGGCAGCUGCCAUUAUGGUUCUUUGUAUGGCUUCCUCCUCUCAGUGCUCCAUGAGUUGCAGGCUCUCUGAUCCCAUCAAGUUCCAUGCAGGAGCAGGAGACAAGGGAUGCUAA